AUGGCGAAUGAUGCGACUGAAAACAUGAGAAAAAAGGACAAUCGUGUAAAGGAACUUGAAAUGGAAAUAAAGCUGUUGAAGAAAGCACAUUCGUCUACUCAAUUUCGUUUGUCUCUUCUCCUUGAGCCCUCACCACCCAAUGACAGCAAUGGCUUUCAGUCACAGUCAUUCCGUAUCAAAAUUGAACCCUUGGAUGCACCAGAAACAGAGAUUACUGUACCAGAAGCAGUACGUGAAGAAAUAAUCGGAGAAGAAAGUAAAGAGAAAGAAAACAAGCCGCCACCAAUAACCACAAUGAAAGAUACAAUCGAUUGUUCAAUGGAGUCCAUUCCAUCGGUCUGGACAGGAAAACUGGGCAAGCAAAUGGCGAAAGAUGAAGUUCAUCCAAACGAAACAGGAGUGGCAUGA